AUAGCAACCGCACUCCAUUUUAUACAACAACUAUACGGCUUGAAUUGAAAUAUAAUUGUUUUAGCCUAAAAUAUGCCACCUAAAUUGGCUGCUCCUAGAAAGCUAACUUUAGCCCCUAAAGUUAAAGGCGGCGGAAAAAAGGAUGACGAAUCUACAACCGACCCUCAAGAUGGACAGGAUGAUGGAUGGAUGCCUACUAAAACGCUCGUAAAACCGGAUGAUCAACUCCAAUUAAACGAUCAAGAGCUUAAAGAGGAAUUUACGAGAAUUUUAACGGCUAACAAUCCUCACGCUCCUCAAAAUAUUGUCCGAUACAGUUUUAAAGACAGCCAAUAUAAACAAACGUCUCAUGUCGAUCAAUUAGCAAUUCAUUUCGCUUUGGAUGGUAAUUUAUUACAUAAAGAUUCCGACGAAGCUAAAAGGCAGUUGACAAAGAAACAAGGAGUUUCCGAAGCCAUAAGUGAAAAAGACGAAGAAGAAGAAGAAGUAGCAAAGAAGGAGGGAGAAGAAGAAGAAGAGGAAAAAGAUGGUGAAAAAAAAGGAGAGGGAGAAGAAUCGGCUACACCCGACGCUCAAACUAGUAAGGGAGAUAAAAAGUUAACAAAUCAGUUCAACUUUAGCGAAAGAGCGUCCCAAACAUACAAUAAUCCAAUUCGGGAAAGAGGUACGAUUACCGAACCACCACCCAGAAUAUCAUACGCUGCAAACGUAACUCAGUGGGAAAUAUAUGAUGCCUAUCAACAAGAUUUCGAUAGACAGCAACAGAGUAAAGAAAAGAAAACUAUACCUGGCAGAAAAGAUGAAGAAAAGGAUAAAAAGAAACUAACGACUGUUGAAUCGCAGAGUGACGACGUUACCCGCGUCGCACGGGCAAGUAAAAUUGUUGAACGAAUGGUUAAUCAGAAUACGUACAAGGAAAUUGCCGAAGAUUAUAGAUAUUGGGAAGACGCUGCAGAUGAACACAGAGAUCCUCAAGGUAAUUUACUUCCUUUGUGGAAAUUUCAAUACGAAAAGGCAAAGAAACUAGCCGUUACGGCGUUAUGCUGGAGUCCAAAAUAUCCAGAUUUGUUUGCUGUUGGUCACGGAUCUUACGAUUUCACGAAACAAACACAAGGUUUAAUACUAUUUUAUUCUUUGAAAAACCCGUCAUUCCCAGAGUACGUCUUCGAAACACAUUCGGGUGUCAUGUGCCUCGAUAUUCAUCCAGAACACACCCACUUAAUAGCUGUCGGCUUGUACGACGGCAGCGUUGCUGUUUAUAAUGUAUUGACUCACAGCAAGGAACCGCAAUAUUUUUCUACUGCAAAGAAUGGAAAACAUACGGAUCCUGUAUGGCAAGUUCGCUGGCAAAAGGACGAUUUGGAUAAUAAUUUAAACUUUUACUCGGUCUCUUCCGAUGGUAGAAUAGUUGCUUGGACUUUAGUCAAGUCCGAAUUACAUUUCCACGACGUUAUCAAAUUGACAAUGGAGGACGUUCCAUCCGAAGGUCCCGAAGGCACUCAAAUGGAAGUUCUAGCUUCGGGAACGGCUUUCGAUUUUCACAAAGAGCACGAUUAUAAAUUUUUGGCUGGAAGUGAAGAAGGAAAAAUGUAUUCCUGUUCCAAAGCUUACUCUUCUACCUUCCUUCAUACUUUCAGUGCUCAUCACAUGGCUAUUUAUAGAGUUUCUUGGAAUCAUUAUCACAAUAGAAUAUUUGUUACCUGUUCAGCAGAUUGGACGGUUAAAAUUUGGGAUAUAAGUCAUCAAUCGGACGAUCCAAUUUUAACAUUCGAUCUGAACAGUCCAGUUGGAGAUGUGGCUUGGGCUCCGUAUUCUUCAACGGUAUUUGCUGCUGUUACAACAGAUGGAAAAGUUCACGUAUUCGAUUUGAACGUGAAUAAGUAUGAAAGUAUUUGUCAACAAAUAGUUGUCCAUAAGAAAAAGACCAAGUUGACUCACAUUGCCUUCAAUAAAAAUCAUCCCGUUCUAAUUGUUGGAGAUGAUCGCGGAUACGUUACUUGUCUGAAAUUAUCACCAAAUCUAAGGAAGCAACCUAAAGAAAAGAAAACGGCUGAACAAAUUAAACCUGAAGAGAAGUUAGCCCAAAAGAUUGAAUAUGAAAUUGGUAAAAUGGAAAAGAUAUUGGCCACAGUUAAAACCCCCGAAAAUAAACAAUAG